AUGCCACACAAGAUUAACAUUAGAUUUUGCGACUUCAUAGUCCAGACUCAGUUCGAGGAUAUCCCAGACCAGGCCCUCGCAAAACUCUUCGAUCUCGUCAUUGAUCAUAUCGGAGUUGGGGCCGGCGGAGGUGCCCAUUCGGAGUCGAGUGAGCACAUCAUCAAGGGCGUCGAGGCUUUCGCCAUGGGCUCCAUUGGAAAGAGUAAAGUCUACGGCAAAGAGAAAACUUAUCCUACCCAAAUCGCAGCUUUGCUGAACGGGGCGUUUGCGCAUUCUUUCGACUACGAUGAUACGCUCGCUAUUGGUAUCAUUCACACUGGCGCGAGUGUGAUCCCCGCUGCCUUAGCGCAGGCCGAGGUGUCAAAUGCUCCUGGAACCUUACUGCUCACGGCGUUAUCCGUUGGGUACGAGAUCAAGGGCCUGACGUCUGCACAAGUCUACAAUGCGUUCGGCCUAGCGGGCUCAAAGACCGCUGGUUCGAUGCAGUUUCUCGACAAUGGAUCUUGGAACAAGCAAUUACAUCCUGGCUUCGCUGCCCAUGAUGCCUUCCUCUGUGUUGCUCUCGCGGAGGCUGGCGUGACUGGGGCCUCUCACAUCGUUGAGGGCAAAUGGGGCUUCUUGCAAGCUCAUUCUGCAAACGUCAACGCUGUUGGGUUGACCGAAAGCCUUGGGACGGAAUGGAUUUACCCAGCGACAGCACUGAAGCCGUUUCCCGCAUGUCGGUUUACUCAUACCGCCAUUGAAAUCACAGCAAGACUUGCCGCAAAGUCCGACUCACAGAAACUGCCGGACAGAAUAGUCGUAGGGUUGACUCGAGCUGGAUAUGGCAUCGUUGGCGAGCCCAGCCCUAACAAGAAGCACCCCAAAACCAUCGUCGAUGCUCAGUUCAGCAUUUACUACCAAGUCGCUGUUGCGUGGCUGUUCGGUAGCGACAUCGGCUGGGGUGCAUACGAUACCGACAAGAUGGAGAGCAAGCAAGUUGCACAGCUGUGCGAUAGGAUUAAGGUCGAAAUCAACGACAAACUUGAGAAGGAAUUCGAGGUGCAAAUGACAUUUUCAGGCAUAGGUGGCGUAGGCGAUAUCGAAGAAGCGAUGGUUUAUCCCCUGGGAGAGGAUGAGCAUCCCUUUUCGCACGAGCGAGUUGAGAAGAAGUUCAGAGGCUUGACCGCGUCUAUCUAUGAUAGCGAUCGUGCGGGUAGGAUACUCCAAGUUGUGCAGGGGCUUCCAGAGAGGCAGACAAAGGAUUUGAUCGAGUUAUUGUGA